AUGAAAUAAAAAAGCUAAAUAAGCUUUCCAUAAAAUGAUAAUUAGUACUAAUAAUUGGACUCUGAUAGGUAAUACGAUUUUAGAGCCGACUAAAGAUGGUGUGAAACAAUUAAAAAAGAAGUGGAAAAUUUGAAGAAUGUUGCUUUUUAGAUUAAGGAUUUGUUUAAAAAUGGAAAAACUGAUGAUGAAAAUUUUAAAGAUGUGUACGAAAAGCUUUAAGAAAGGGAUUUUAAUAAUGAUAUUAACAGUCAACCAUAGAGUUCAAUUAACUAAUAAAUACUGCCUAAUCCACCAUUGAAAAAUUAAAUUAAUAAAACCUAGCAAGGAGGAGGAAAAUCAAUAUUUAAAAAUGAAUCCAACAGAAAUAGCAACCCAAAAGGCUCAUUUUCAUAGAAUAAUACCAAUAAUGGGUUAAAGUAGGAUUAAGAAGAUAAUAAGGAGGAUUUUAAAGAAAUUAAGAAUAUGCUUGAUAAGAUGACAAACGAAGUUUAGAAGAGUUUAAUUGAGACAUAGUAAUUAAAAUAAGAGCUAAAGCUAAAUAAAGGUGAUCGAGAAAAUCUUUUUAAUAUCGAUAAAAAUGAUUGGGAUAUGAACUAUGUAGAAUACUAGAAAAGGUAAGACAAAAAUAGAGAAGAAAUUAGCUCUUCACAAAGAAAAAUUCAUGAUAUGUAAAAUAAAAGAUUAGCUUAAAAGGUUCAGGAUUUACAUAUGGAACUAUAAAAAAAAAUGCAAAUAAUUGAGUAAAAUGAAGAAGAGUAUGACUCUCUUGUUAAAAAAAUAUAAGUUAGCUUUGGUAUAUUAUAGCUCAAUUACAUAUAUCAACCAUACUAAGCUUAAAAGGAUAAAGAGAAAAGGGAAGAUAAGGAUUAUAAUAUGAAAGAAUUUAACUAAUAUCAAUUUGGAAAUUUUAUCUUCGACUUAAAGAAAUUGAUCGUUAUUAGGGACUUGAAGAAAGAUAAAGAACCUGAGUUAUUCUCUUUUGAGUACUCUUAGAUGACUGGAGUUGAUUAUAAGGAAGUAGGUAAUAGGAUUAUCAAAGUUGUAUGGUAUGAUUAAGAUAAAGGAGAAGAACUCAAAAUUAAGUUUGAUAAUGACUAAGACAUGAAUAAAUUUAACAUACUUCUUUAUAUUUUAAGAUUAAAUUAUGUUGCUUUUUCUACUAACUCAUUCACAAAGUACUUCGAUCAUGAAUCAAAUCCUUAUCUUCAUUUUCUUUUCGAUAAGAGACAAGAUGGAGGAGAACAAUCCAGAUUAGAAAAAUCUAUAGUCUAAGGAAUGUAAAGCAAUUAUAAGCAAGAUAUGUAUAGGAAUAACCAGGAAAAAAAUAUGAUAGAUUCAUUAACAAAAACUUUAAAAUUUUAAAUGAAUUAAAGUGAAAUGAUGCAUUCAAAUAUGAAUAAAAGUGCUGCUUCCCCUCUAAAUAACAGUAUCUUAGAUAUUGUUGACAUGAAUUAAAGCAGAAAGAAUAGAUCUUUCACACCUGUCAACUAGAUAAGUGCCAACAAUGAAAAUAGAUAAUAAGAGAUGUACAUUUCUAAAAAAACUGAUGCAAAUAAAGAAGAUUUAAAUUAUAGCAAGAUGAAUAAUGAAAAAUACUGGGAGGAAAAAAUUAGAAAUAGUGUUAUUCAAAAUAAAAAUAAAAAAUCUGACAUUAAAAUAGAAGCUCGAGAUAAAUUUAGGCAGAUAUUUUAAAUUUAUUUUUAAUCUAAGAACUAAAAAGAUCAAUAGCCUUUAGAUAUAUCGCUUUUAGAUGUAAGAAAAUCUAAAAAGGAUUUUGCAAUCGAUUUAAUUCUUAAAAAAAAUGAGGAAACAGUUUUUGAAAUAGAUUUAAAAUAAGAUUAAUUUGAAAACUUUUAUAGGUCAUUUAAAUUCUUUUGUAACUAGAAUCUCUAAAAAUAAAAGGAAAUAAGUAAGGCCAUUUAAGAUCUUAAGAAUGGUAUGAUAUUCUUAAAGUAUAGUAGAGGUUCCUUCUCUCCACAUGAAAAGCUAUUCUAAUAUGAAGAGUAAGACAAGAGACCAACACUGAUUUCAAGAAAACCAUCUGAUGCAAAUGGAAAAGAUAAAAAAGUAACUUACUUUAGUGAUAUUAAUUCAUUCUCUUUGGGAUGGGAUAAUGGACCUGGGUUUAAAAAGUUUUAGAAAGAUGAUAAAAGGAUUAUCAAAGAACUUUGUCUUGUAAUAUAGCUUAAUAACAGUAAAACAAUAGAAGUGCUAGCUAAAACUUAGUAGCAAAGAGAUUAAUUUUAUAGCUACUUAAACACAAUCCAUGAGCAAGUUAAAUUAAUAAAUAAUUGA